CCCUGUUGUGGGAGGCGCUAUAGAGCUAAUUCAUGCAGGACUUCAUGGGACCAGUAGCUAUGUUGUUUGAGAGUGUUAUAGGCCACCAGGGUAGCAGAGUGUUGUGAAGUAUAACCAGUAGCAGAUCUAAUCAGGAAGGAGGAGUGCAACGUUUUCCUACUGCAAGAUAAAUGUUCAAACCAAGCAAACUCAAAAGAAGAGGGAAAAUAUAAUAGAUUUUUCCCAACAUCCUGUGGGACCACCUGGCGGGCUCUUUAAAAGAGUGAAGGAGGCACGUGCCUGAAAGUUGUGGGGGGAGGUCCUUCCAAGCUGCCAAAAUGUCAGCACAGCUAGUGUCUGUUGCAGUCCUGCUUAUGUGCACAUUUCACGGCAGAGCCCUCUCUUAAUCUGACAGUGGCUGAUAAUUAAUCUUGUUCACCCAGCUGCUGCAAUAGGAUUAUAAAGAGGGGAAGUGCGUCACAAGGCUCCUUGGAAAUUGAGGAAUGCAAUUCUGCCACCAUGAUGGAAGGAUUGAAAAAGCGUACAAGGAAGGCCUUUGGAAUACGGAAGAAGGAAAAGGACACUGAUUCCACAGGAUCACCAGACAGGGAUGGAAUUCUUCCCAGCCCUCAUCCUCAUGAGCCACCCUUCAAUAACAAACCAGAGUGUGCACGUGAAGGAGGAAAAAAAAUUUCGAAGAAAAGUAAUGGAGCUCCAAAUGGAUUUUAUGCAGAGAUUGACUGGGAAAGAUAUAAUUCACCUGAGCUUGAUGAAGAGGGAUACAGCAUCAGACCAGAAGAACCAGGCUCUACCAAAGGAAAGCACUUUUAUUCCUCAAGCGAAUCAGAAGAAGAAGAAGAGUCACACAAGAAAUUUAACAUUAAGAUUAAGCCUUUGCAGGCUAAAGACAUUCUUAAGAGUGCAGCAACUGUAGAUGAAUUGAAAGCAUCAAUAGGCAACAUCGCACUUUCUCCAUCUCCAGUGAGGAAAAGUCCGAGGCGCAGCCCGGGUGCAAUUAAAAGGAAUUUGUCCAGUGAAGAGAUAGCAAGACCUAGGCGUUCAACACCAACUCCAGAACUUGUAAGCAAAAAAGCCCCGGAUGAUCCUUCAGCCCUUGCCCCACUGUUUGGCCCACCACUGGAGUCAGCAUUUGAGGAACAAAAGUUGGAAGCUCCUUUAGAUCAGACAGAGAUAUGGGGUUCUGUCCAGCCAGUGAAUUCCAGUCUAGAUUCUCCAAAGCUACCAAGACCUUUUCCAACUGGAACACCUCCACCACUUCCACCAAAAAACAUUCCAGCUACACCACCUAGGACUGGUUCUCCCUUAACAGUUGGAAUAGGAAGUGACCAGACAGCAACAGAGGUCAAAAGUGACAAACUACCAUCCAUCAAUGACUUGGACAGCAUUUUUGGCCCAGUGUUGUCCCCCAGGUCUAUUGCUGUUAACGCAGAAGAUAAGUGGGUCAAUUUUUCUGAUCAGUCCCCGGAAAACGUAACAGCAGAGUUGACUUCAAGGGAAAAAGUGGUGUCCCCACCUGUGGCAUCAGAAAUCCCAGCUGAAUCUCCAGCUGUUGAAACCUCCCGCAAUGUUCCAUCACCUCUCAAUUUAGAAGAGGUUCAGAAGAAAAUUUCUGAGCAAACCCACGUUAAAGAUGAUAACUUAGAAACAACAGCAUCUCCUAAAGAUUUUGGGUUGGGACAGAGAGCUACACCACCUCCCCCUCCACCACCUACCUACAGAACAGUGGUGUCAUCACCUGGACCCAGCCCUAUCAGUGGCACAGGAAGCACCAGUGGUUCUUCAUCUCCGGCUCGCCCAGCGACUCCACUGGCUGCCUGCAGCAGCCCCACACCACCGCCUCCUCCACCUCGGCCCCCAUCUCGGCCAAAACUGCCUCCAGGGAAGCCUGGAGUUGGCGAUGUGUCCAGGCCUUUUAGCCCUCCUAUUCACUCAUCCAGUCCUCCUCCGGUAGCACCUUUAGCCCGUGCUGAAAGUACUUCUUCCAUAUCAUCCACCAAUUCCUUGAGUGCAGCCACUACUCCCACAGUUGAAGAUGAUGCUUUUAUUGACAAACUGCCCACGUUUGAAAGGCACUGUGAAACGCCUGCAGAGAAUGAACAGCCUUCCCUCGUUUGGUUUGACAGAGGAAAGUUUUAUUUGACUUUUGAAGGCUCUUCUAGGGGACCCAGUCCAUUGACGAUGGGGGCACAGGAUACCCUCCCUGUAGCGGCAGCAUUCACAGAAACUGUUAAUGCAUACUUCAAAGGAGCGGAUCCUAACAAAUGUAUAGUGAAGAUAACUGGAGAAAUGGUGCUGUCGUUUCCUGCCGGAAUUACCAGACAUUUCGCCAAUAAUCCAGCCCCGUCUGUUCUAACCUUCCGUGUGAUAAAUUACAACAGGUUAGAACACGUCCUGCCAAAUCCCCAACUUCUCUGCUGUGACAGUACACAAACUGAUGCCAACACAAAGGAAUUCUGGGUAAACAUGCCAAAUCUGAUGACUCAUCUAAAAAAAGUGUCUGAACAGAAACCACAAGCAACAUAUUACAAUGUGGAUAUGCUCAAAUACCAGGUAUCUGCCCAGGGUAUUCAGUCUACUCCAUUAAACCUUGCAGUGAGCUGGCGGUGUGAAUCUACAAGCACUGACCUUCGCAUUGACUACAAAUAUAAUACAGAGGCAAUGACUACACCAGUAGCUCUAAACAAUGUCCAGUUCCUAGUUCCCAUAGAUGGAGGAGUAACAAAACUUCAAGCUGUGCUUCCACCUGCUGUUUGGAAUGCUGAACAGCAAAGAAUAUUGUGGAAGAUUCCUGAUAUCUCGCAAAAAUCAGAAAAUGGAGGUGUGGGUUCUUUGCUGGCAAGAUUCCAGCUAUCUGACGGACCAAGCAAACCUUCGCCACUGGUAGUGCAGUUUACGAGUGAAGGGAGCACUCUCUCCAGCUGUGAUAUCGAACUUGCUGGAGCAGGAUACCGGUUUUCACUCAUUAAAAAGAGAUUUGCAGCAGGAAAAUACUUGGCUGAUAACUAGUGGAAGCUUAUACAAGUAUAUGGAAAAUCCAUAUAAUCAAGGACUGCUGUGUGGAACGGGUUUGAAUUACGGUUUAAGGGAAAUGAACUAAAUCCUGCACUUGGGGCACUUCUGUUGGAAGUGUCAGCGACUUUCAGCAUUUUUUUCCUGAGAAGACACCGUCUUGACCAGUCCGACAGUAUUUACUUCUAGAUGUAACAUUGUUAAUGGUUUUAAAAUGUAAUUAUUGUAUUUGUAAAUUGUACUCAUUCCAGUAAGGCUGUAUUUUGGCAGUUAGACACUUGAGUUUUAGAAUUUUACCAUUCAUGAAAUGGAUGUAAUUUAAACUGUGGUAUACAAAUUUAAUAGUAGUACUGUUGAAUGGCACAAUGCUUACAGAGGUAGAUUACAUUUUGUCAAUAUAUAUACGAUUUAAAUACAAUACUGGUAGCUGUUAAAAAGGGGGUGCCUCAUGAAAAAAGAGAGUUAAGUAGAACCUGCAAACGGAUUUACUUUUUCUUCGGUCCUUAGUAUGUCUUAUAAUAGUGCUAAAUAAAAGGUCUAUCUUCAUUUGUUUAGCUGGUUUAACUGCAAAAGAAUAUUUUAAUAAAUGCUGAGGUUAUAACCUAUUUUCUCCCAAAAAAACCCAAUCAACCAAAAUACUAAAAUGCAAUGUCCAUACUUCUUAAAAUACUUAUUUCAAACUUCAUAACAAAUAAUGCAACUUUUCCAAACACUGUCUUCUACUUUUAUGGACUCUUGUUUCUUCUCAAUAUUCUGACACUUCACAAAUGUAUAGAUUCUUAAAGAAGCAGGCAAUUUAAGACUCCGAGCCUACAGGAGUCUGUAUGUCCACAGAUAGUAAUUGUAUUAAAGGGCACAUUUUCAGCAACCGCCUCCACUUUUGCAAGGCUGUUUGUUGGGGAAUUUUGGAGCACCCUAUGUAAGAUGCUUCACAGACAUGUAAGAAAAGUUCCUUGUCUCAAUAAUUAAGAACCUAAGCAAGCAAACAACACCCCCCAAACAAAGAUAACUGGAGAAAGAAUGCAAUAUAACCCUACUAUGUAGCCCUGAUACUGCACUUUUUAUCCAUAGAUCAUAAAGUGCUUUAUACAAGUGAAGACGGAUUUAGCUCUGUUUUACACAUGGAGAAACUGAGGCACUGAAAAUUUAAGUCCUGCCCAAGGUGACAGAGUUGAGUCAAUGGCAGAGUCAGAAAUAGAACACAGGUCUCCUAACUCACUGUCUUUUAUCUUGUCAACUGGACAAUUUUGUGUUGUGCAAAGACUGAGUAGUUACAAUGGUUAUAUUUCAAAUAUUUUGAACUGAGAGAGCUAACUCCUGUGUCUGUAGUAGACCAGACCAAUAGAACCAGUAAAAACUUUUAAAGUGCUCCCACUGCAUAUUUGGCACAUGACUUGUCAGGUCUGUGGUUUUAUUUAUUUUAUAUAUUUAUUUAUUUUGGUAAUCAGUGUUAAAAAAAAUGCUAGAACUGUAAUGUGAGCUAAAUUACAAUAUCAUAAAGGGAAACACAAAAAUGGGGCUAACAGUUAGUUUGGCAGCUAACUGAGCCCAUUGUCUAUUUUGUGUGCACAAUGUACACAUUUAUACCUGCAGAUCUUAUACCCAGUUUUCUCAUUUGCAUAAGAAAAUAGCUGUACUUGGGGGAAAUAGUUGUAUGCAUAAAAGUGGGUGUUUAAAAUUGGAGUCUGUGGCUGAAAAUUUGGCCCUAUAUGUUUCUUCUGAGAUUGGCAUAGUCAAUUUCAAUUCCACUAUCCUACUUUGUGCUUGUGGAACUGAGUUUCAUGCAUGUAAGGAGAGCAGAAUGUCAAUCAAGAUUUUCUCUGGGGUUCUAAGAUGAGAAAUUUUUCUUUUGGAUAGGAAACUAUUUUUAAAGAAAACUUCAUGAAACUGCAGAUUAAACAAUGUGCAGCCUAAUAGGUGAGCCAGUCUUCAGCAGAAAAAGGACGUUAUGUUUGUCUUCACAAUUCUCUUGAGUUCUGUCAUACUAGAGUGUGAUAGAAUAUUAAUUUCACAAAUCUUCAUCUGCUGUGAUAAACCAGGUGUCUACAUCUUGCUUUUAUACUUUGAAAAGUCACUGAGUGAGGAACAUGUCUCAUCUUGGAUGAACCGCAAAAUUAAAGAUGGGCCUGAACCAAGCCUUUGACCAAACACAAAGUUGGGAUCCAAAUGCAAUUUACAUUUUGUGACACAGACCCAUUACUGUGUGAAAUGCAAUUGGAAAUUAUUUUUGAGGUAAAAUUGGCAUGUCUUAGCCUACUGCUGGCAAACAUAGUGAUGUUAUUUGAGACAUUAAUGGCUUGUCAGCUGAAAUGGUAGAAAGGUAGUUUCUGUCUUGUUUUAAUGUAAGAAUUGUGCUGUGUGAAAAUGAAAUAUCUGUUCAAAAUUAAACAUUAAAGUUGUUCUAAUGUUGAGGUACACAGAACUACAGGAGCAUCCAUUAAUUAUGAUGUUGGGUAUUAUAGAAAUUAUGUGUAAUACCGAAUAAUGCUAAUUUUCAGCCUCUAAAUUAAUUCCCCAUAUCAUUAGGGUCCCAAAAAUUGCCAGCAACAGGCUCAAAAAUGUCAAUCAAAAAUAAAAACAUUAUUUUCAUUUCAUAAAAAUCAUACAUAUUGAUAAGUGCUUAUUAGCUGCUGAACUUUUAGUGCUUUUUUUUUUUUAAGCGCACCUUUCUUUUAAAAUUACUGAGAGCAAAUAAAGAAACCUGGAAAUAUUGACACUCUGAGAAGAGUCCUAGAUUAAUAACUCAAGAUGUAUGUUAAAGAUAAUCAACUUUUGUUGGUUUUUGCAUGUUCACAAAAAAUAAAAUGUAACAGGGUAGAGAUUAAAAUACAAUUAAGUUAUCAAAAUUCAUACACCCUCCAAACAUUUAAAAAUGAACAUGACAGUAUUCCUAAAUAGGAUAUUUGCCAGCCUGGUUUGAUUUUUUUCCCCUGAUUGGACAUAUGACUGUAUUGACUAUACAACCAACAUCUAUUUGAAAUAGGAAUUGAAUAUAGGGCAAGUAAUUUAAAAAUAAAAACCUACAAGAAAAGAGAAGUUCUUCAAAUCAGUUUAUGAAAUAUACAAUACAUAAUUUGCAAACCAAGCUUCAAAAAUUGUAAUCCAUACAAAAAUGUUUUUUUUAAUGUAAAUAUUACUGGUACACAUGUAACUCACUUUAUAUUUUAUGUUAAGGAGAUUUAGAACUUGCUAAUGAUGAACACAAAUGGCAGCUUUUUAAAAUGUUGCAAAAAAGAACUUGCUCUAUUUAUACUAUAAAAUGCCCACUAAAACUCAUGUUACUUUUGACAAGAGUACAGUGUGUGUAUUGUAGUAUGACACACACAUCUUCAGUAACUGUACUUAAACUGCAUAGCCUCCCUGAUGUGAACUGAAUAUGAAUAGACCAGAGUCUGGGUACCUGUACACAUAUACACCUCUACUACUUCAAAAGUACAAAAAAAAGUAGUAAAUGCUAGCUCUUUGUGGACAGAGGUUAUCCAUAUAUUGUAAACUCAGUUCAGUUCAGGAAAACUCUCAUAGCAGAAGAAUCUCCUACACUGACUAAGCUGUGGUGAGGCUAACAGGACAUUUUCACAAAGAAAAACAAGUAUGUGCAGUAACCAUAACUUUGUUUCAAGAACUGAAAGACUGAUUUAACCAAAUCUAUAGUUACAUCCAUCACUACAAUUUUCAUUAUUAAAAAAGAUCAUGUAACUAGGGAAGUUCUGUUGAAAAGACCAGUCUUAUACGCUGUUCUGCCCGAGCUUGUGUUCAGCAUAUCUCAGAUUUUCUGCUCUUUGAGUGUCUUUAGCACUGUGCCAGGCUGUCCAAAAUUAUAUUAUUUAGCACUUAUAUAGUCCUGUCCUUCAAAACCCUUUACCAGCAUCAUAUAGCUGAUUUCCAGCCUUUGAGUAAGUGUGCAUUUGCAGCCUUGUGCGUACAUGGCUAGAUACUGGUGAGGUGACCUUUCGACCAAGUGUGUAUGCAUGCAAAUUGCAUGCAUAUGUUCAGUUGUGAGCAAGCAAAGUAUGUAGACAGCAAACUGAGCCCUUAAUCACAAUUCUCAUAAUGUGCGGUAGGUAGAAAUACAUAGAAAUUCUGUGCUAGAUGGAUACGUUUCAAGUCUUCUUUCCUUCCUUCCUUCUGUCUCAAGAAAACAAAGGCUCCAGAGUUUUAUACAUUAGCAAAAUUUAGAUCUGGAUCCAGGUUUGGAUUUGGGCCCAUCUCUUUGCCUGGUUAAAUAAAAUAGUUAGCAGAAGUAGACUGUCUUCUUAAAAGGAUGUACUCAGCUAGUUGUCACUGUCUGCUUUUUCUUCCAUUGUUUCUGACACCUUGAGCCUGCAAGAUCUCAAUAUAGGCAAGACUCCCAUUGAAUUGAGCUGGAGUUUUUACCUCCAUGAUGAUUGCAGACUUGGGUCUUUUAGAUGUUAAGAAUAUUCAUUCUUUUCUUUUUCAGUUUGGUAACCACUGUAUGUGAAUGUAUCACUCCAGAGUUCUCGUUUCCCUUGUAUGGUACAUAACAGUAUCAGAAAUGGAGAUUUUGCUAGCUAGGGUUUUUUUUGGUGGUCUCACCUCAAAAUGAAGUUUCAAUUCAAUUCGUAAUGACAGAGUUGUGUGGUUUUAUUUUUUUAAAUAGAACUGGGUAGCAUUCGUCAUCAGAGUAUAUGUCUAAGGAAAGCUAACUAUUCGGCCUAAACAAGUUGACUGUGGGCAUACAUACUAUAUCAAUUUUCAGCUUGCCUAUAUUCCUCCUUAUGCAAGACUUCUUUAGGCGACUUUUAUGUUUCCCUUAAUAGCUAUGUAAAAUCAUUCUAUAUUAUGAAAUACUACCAUAUAAUAAGUACCUGACUUGGUUUUUGAUUAUUUUUCUUCUCAAAUACCACUUUCUUUCUGUGUAGCUUUUUGUUUUAAGGCUACUUGCCACAAAGCUCCUAUUUCUGCUCAGAUCCAUUAAGGUCCCUUUGUAUAACCUAUGCAACUUAAAUGACACACAAAAUAUUUGUCCCGGAAGCAUAGCCUUGUAGAUAGGGAGUUAUAUUCAACCAACCAGAAAGUUAUUUCAGCCUGCUAGAGACAGAACUGGAAGGGAGUCCCUUCACUCUUUGAUUUAAAUUCAGGAUUUAUUUCCCUUUGCCAUCUGCUGGUAGGAUGAUGCAAUAUUUGCAGUCUGGGCUGGAGAAACUGUCAUUAAAAAAUGUAUAACUGAAAUUAUGUACAUCUGCACUUUUGACAAUGAAGGUCCAGCUUUUGCUUUGUUUUAAUGUUAUCAAAGAUAAGUAUUUAUUUUGAACUUCUAGUGUUCAGUAUUAAAAAGUGGUCUCACUCAUUUGCACUUGCAGUUUUGUACUCACAAAUAAUUGUGAGCAGAAUUAAUUGUAGGUGCACAUCAUGGCAUUUAGGUAUAUACAUACCCACAAAAAUCAAGUAGUGGAGCAUUUACAUAAUAUAAUUUGGGUUCACAAUUUAUUGCACCUAUUGUCCUCUAGAUAAGCAAAAUGGAAGGCUGGCCUGAGACCCUUAAAAGCUUUUGGCCUUAAAGUGAAAAAUAUAUAUUUGGUUUUUUACAACAUAAUUGUGGACUAACAAACACCUAUUAAUAAUGGCAUUUUGUUGAAUUGAAAUACUAAUGUUAAAGAGCUGCACACAAGAUGACACCAGUGAAUGACCCUGUGAAAAUGUUUUAAUGGUUCUUUCUAAGAUCUUUUCAGCAUAAGCAUAAUAUGAACAAUCACUGCUUAAUGUUUUGAACCAAAAACAUUUUAAAAUGGCUGGAUCACAAUAAACAGUAAUUGUUAGCCUGAGAGGAAUAAUGUGAAACAUCUUUUACUGAAUGUUUACAAUGCAACAUAAAAAGGUAAUGAUGGUUUUCCUCCGAUCUUUCAUGCCAUUCUCGUUCCUCACUUUUAUAGCUGUACAGUAACUUGACAUUAAGUUGACUGCAGUUCCUGUCUGUAUGCACUUCAGUGAAAGGUACUCAGAAUUCUGCAUUUGCAGAAAUAGCUUGACAAUUUCCUAAAUACAGUACAAAAUAUUGUCACACUUAAACUUCUGACAUCUAUUUUGGCAUAGACUUAACAGAACCAAUUUGAUAUAUGGAAUAUAGAUUUAUUUCCCCUCUCUUAUUAAUGGGUAUUGUUUUUACAUAAGAUUCUUUGUUUAAAAAUCUUCAUUUUAAAGCUUAUCGUGACCAAAAUAUAUAUUAUCACACAAAAUGAAAGGAAAUUACUCUCUCAAAAGACUGCAUUCCAAAACCAGAGUUUUUAUUUCCUUGCAAGUUUACUAGGAAGGGAAUUCUUGUGGAGUUGGACAUCUUUUAUGCUAGUCAGUAUUUUAGUUAUUGCACCAUUAAACAUGGCUAGAAAUGAGCAAUAGAAAUGUUAGGCAAUGGUCUCUGCCUGUGCAAUUUUCCCCUUUAUCUUUAAGAGUGGGAGUACAGAUGUUGCUGCUUGGUCAAUUUUUCAUGACAAUUUCAAGUGUUUGUUUGGUGAUGUUAUUCAAAGGUUUACAUAUAAGCAUGACUUCACUACAGGCCAAGCAGUAUGUGAAAAGUCAGUCCAGAAUCAGCAUUUUUAAAGAGAGGGGCUAGAAUAUUAUUGAUCCUCUGUUUGAAAUUAACUUACUUGUUUCUUACAAGUUGCUUGGCAAAUCUUUGUGUAAAUGAGGUAUUGAAGUUUAAUUCUUAAGCCAAAUGUGCACUGUUUAAAACCACAUCUUUCUCCCCCACUGUAUAUCUAAGAAAAUAAAAAUCUUAUAGGCAUCUUAUAGGAAGUCCAAGAUUUUCCAAAGAUAAUGAUAUCAACCAAUUACUUCAGGUCAGAGAAAUUCUGUCAAAAUGUACAUUGUCAUUGGGUGGAUUGAGUCAAAUUAAGAUAUUACAGUGUAAAGCCCUAGCCCUCAAACAGGGGCGGCUCCAGGCCCCAGCACGCCAAGCGUGUGCUUGGGGCGGCAUGCCGC